AGUAGUUAUGGUAGGGUGGUAGGUCUCUCUCCUGCUAGUGUACAGCAUCUGUUCCCUCGUCCAGUCGGUCGGUGUCUGCGCGUUGGCCUCCUUUUUGGUUGUUGCCUUUUGGAAAACGGCUGCUUUGAUCCCGUUCUGCACUAAUUUUAGACUCGCAUUUAUCUUACGUUCAGACUACGGGCGCUACGAUCUACUUUGGCUCUGAUCGGUCGGCGACAUUCGGCUCCCUAUCAUUUUGAAACGAAAACAAAGCCAACAUUUUUGUAACAUUUUUAAUCGCUGUUUUAUUGUUGCACGAUGGAAGAUGGCUGACUCUCUCUCUCUCUCUCUUGUAGAAAAACGUAAUCGAUUUCUGUAACAGCAUCUCACACACACACAUGUGUGUGUGUGGAAGAUAUUCUUUUCUUAUUUUUUUAAAAAAAGCUCUACGGUGAAAUUCCGUCAGGUUUGCUUUCCAAUUUGGUGGAAUGGUGGCGCUGGAGUUGCUGGGCAAAGUCGUAGUCCAUGAAAAACUCUGGCUGAGGUUUUUCUGCGACGGCCCUGAAGUUCAGGCCAGUCGGUGGCACGAAGCUGGCCAAAGCUGUUGUGUGUGUUCCGCGGGACUGUGUAUGUGUGUGUGUGCGCGGGCGCGGGUGUGUGCGUGAGUGCAUUGUGUAGGGAUCCCGGCCGACUCGCUCCUCCUACUCAUCUUUGGCACCUCCCCUUGGGCCCCCCUCUUUUUCGUAUUCCCUCUCGCCGUUUCUCCACCACCACCACCACCCCCUCUCCAUUUUUGUGUUGUCUCUUUUUUUGGUUUUUUGUUUUAAUCGCAACUGCGGAUUCUUGCGGAUUGCCCGGACUGGAAAAAGAGAGAGUCUCAGUCUCUCUGGCCGCUCGACAACUCUGCCGCGCUGUUUCUUCGUGUUGUUUUAGUUUUUAGUUUUAGUUGGUCUUCUUCUUCUUCUUCUGGUUCGGCCGAUUCCCGCAGACUGUGUUCUCGUGACUCUGUUGCGAAUGUGCCCAAUCGAACGUCAUCUGGGAAGUAGAAGACUCUUUGCCGCCUGCCGAACGACGACGACGACAAAGAAGAAGAAGUGCUGUGCUCUGCUGCUGCUGCUGCUCCGCUGCUGCUGCGAUCUGCCGGCUCACCGGAAGGCCAAUAAGCCGAGAUCUGCUGGGCGGCUCCUGCAGCUCCUCGUCGGCAACAAAGAAGAAGAAGCCGUUUGGCAAGUCGGGCCGGAUUCGCGGAUCGACCGGUGCCGUGUCACGGAUCGGAACCGAUUCGACGAUCCAAAAAAUCUUCGGCCAAGCAAGUCGACGUCGGUUCGGCAAGACGACAAGGACGACGGCCAUCACGGCAGCGACGACGUCGGUCAAUCACCCGCAUCCGAACCGAAACCUCCUCCGUGUUACCCGACAGCUCCUACUACUUUUGCCUACCGUCGACUUUAGCACGGGCAGUUGUCGGACGUCAUAUUUUUAGCAUCAUCGCCAUUAUUCCGCCAAUCUCCGCGUCCUUAGUGUCGUGUCUUUAUUACCCAUCCAUCCAUCCGCCGGUUUGAAAGGCCUCCCCCCCCCCCCCUUAUCGAUUCGCACACACUGAACCAACAAGGGACCAACUCUCCUCUCCCGUUACUACCCCAAAACCCCCCCUCUCGACCCAGUCCAAAAAGAAAACGUCACGCCGGAUAAAAUUUGCUAUUUUGCCGUAUAUUCAAAUUUUGGGAGUCAGCAACAAGAGAGAAAAAGAAUAAUCGUCACAGUUGAGAACUCGACAACUUCUUUCCUGUCCUUUGUUUGUUUGCUACUGCUACCCGUCCGUCCGUCCAUCCGUUUCGUUCCAUUCCGCUCGUCGUCCCCGGCCAGCCGGCUGGCUGUAAAAUUCACACAUUCACCAUGUUUGGUGGUUCCGAUUCCAGUGACGGAGGCGGUGAUUUCGAUAGUAGAGACGUGUAUCACCAACAGCAGCAGCAGCAGCAUCAUCAUCGUCAUCAACGAAGCGGUCGAACUGAUCAACGGCCCACUCCCGGAGGCGGUGGUGUCGCUGGUGGUGGUGCUAGUAGUGCAGGAGCAGGAGCAGGAGGUGGUAGUAAUGUUGGCCGCGAUUACCAUCAUCCGCCGCGUGAGACUCGCCAUUUCCGCAGCGGCGGCGGCGGCGGCGGUAGUGGCGGCGCGGAUAGCGACAUUUCUGGGUUAGGAUCCGAUUUAGCAGUAGGGCCGGGCCAACCAGGUGAGCAGGAACUCGCUUCAAAAAUGCUUCAGAUCCAGUCCAAGAGGUUCUACCUGGACGUCAAACAGAACCGGCGCGGGAGAUUUAUCAAAGUAGCAGAGAUUGGCGCUGACGGCCGCCGUAGCCAAAUUUUCCUGGCGUUGUCAACAGCGGCCGAAUUCCGUGGCCACCUGUCGUCAUUUAGUGAUUUCUACGCUUCGCUCGGUCCACCCAAUCCGGACAACCUGCCCGAGGAUGGGAAACUCAAGUCGGAAAUGAUGACAAAGGACAAUCGGCGUUACUAUCUGGACUUGAAAGAGAAUUCUCGUGGACGAUUCCUUAGGGUGUCUCAAACGAUAGCUCGAGGAGGUCCUCGCUCGCAGAUCGCCAUCCCUGCCCAAGGAAUGAUUGAAUUUCGUGACGCACUCACUGACUUGCUCGAAGAAUUUGGCACCGACGAUGGAGGAUUCAAAGGUGAACUACCAGAAGGCAGACAUUUGCGUGUGGAAAACAAAAACUUUUACUUUGACAUCGGCCAGAAUAAUCGAGGCAUUUAUAUGCGUAUUUCGGAGGUCAAGACCAACUAUCGUACGGCUGUGACAAUUCCGGAAAAGUCUUGGUCACGUUUCCGUGACAUUUUCUCUGACUACGUGGACAAGAUGAAGGACGGUGGAAGUGGAGGUGCAACUGGAGGGGGAGGAGGAGGAGCUGCUGCCGUCACCCCGACUUCUUCUUCCGUCGCCGCCGAUAACUCACCAGGACCUUCUUCCGGCUCUCACAAGAAAUGAAGAUGGUCGAUUGUAAUAUCUCCAUUUUUUUUUUCUCCAGUCCCCCCCCCUCCCCUUUCGCUUCACACUUUUUAAACGAUUUUGUGAUCAAUUGAAAACUAUCCAUCAACCGUCUCUUGUUCUGGGAGAAAGAAAUUAAUCAACAGAAGAAAAAGAAAAUAAGAAAUGAAGGAAAAUUCUUGUCGAAUCAAUGAAAAGAAGAAGAAGAAAAUGGUCUUUGAACGUCGCCCUGAAAGAAAGAAAGAAAAAGGAUGGCCCCGUAAUGGAAGAUUUUGAAUCCCUUCUUGCCUCGUAUAGGAUGGAAUCUCCAUUCGAAAAGAGACCCAGUGUUUAUUUUUGUUAUAAUUUUCAUUUUUUUCCUCCCUUCGUUUCUUUUCCCUAGAGUAACAACUGCUGCUUGUUUGGUAGAUCAGGGCAGUAUGUUUUUUUUUUUUCAAAAUCUUAUGAAAAAAAAAAAAAAAUCUCGUGGGUUCGAAAGUUUGUGGUGUCAGGCGAGAGAGAGAUAGAAUGCGUGAAUUCCCGUUUAUGUUGAAACAUUUUUCUUCUUUUUUUUUUAAAAGUAUUUGUUGUGGGCAGGUCAGGCUUUUUGUUUUGCUUUAAGUUUGUUGGGUGCCGCUGCGUUGAAUAAUGCGAGUCGAUUAGAGAAUGUGCGAUAGAUAGAGCGCCAGAGCGAGUGAGAAUGUCGAGAGAAAACCUUUGCUGUGAUGUUAUCUGUGCGUCAUCAAAUGUUGAACGAGAAAAAAGAGAUCCUGCUAAUUGUCCAAGACAAAAUGUCACGCAGAAUUCUCUUUCAAUUGUUUUAUGACGUUCGGCCUAGCUGUUGCCACACCUAGUGUCCCCCUCCCCCUAAAUCCCCCUUCCUGUCAAGAUAUUUGCAAUCAUUCAAAUGAACAUCCAAAAUUCUAAAAAUCACGUCCUCUUUAAAAAAGAAAAAAAAAAUAUGUCUGUUCCAUUUUUUCUCCUCCCUCCUUUUUUGAUUUUUUCUUCCUCGUAUUGAUAGGCAAUUAUUGUUUGAAGAGAAGUGAAACAGAUGGUUGUGCAGCUAUGUCUUUUGUCUAUUUGGGAGGGCAAGGAAAUCCUGUUCCCGAACGGAGGAAGCGAAAGGAAAAUCGCGAUAUUUUGACCUUAACUUUCUUCCUUUUUUUGUCCGAAAUUUUUUUGUCCCAUCGUGUCAUUAUUCUAAUUAUAUUAUCUCAAGCUAUUCAUACAACUUUUGAUAAAAACCAAAAAACAUUUCAAUCGAACGUCAAAUUUUCUUUUGUAUUUUCCAUCCAUUUUGUUUGGCGAGUAGAUUUUUUUUUCGAUUCCGGCCGAUAGAACGAAACAAAACUUAGAAAAAUUUGAGACAAAGUAAAAACAAAAACACACAAAAUUAUCGGAAAAAAGAAAAACAUACCUAUUAAAGGCAAACCGCAAAACAGAAACAAAACUGAUUAUCCCCCUCCAAAAAACAAAAACAAACCAUGAAAUCACACACCGCUGCUUCUUUCAAAUUUGUCCGGUUGGAUCGAGAAAAAAAACUGUUGUUACCACAUCCUCCCACAUCUUAUAUAACAACUACUGUGAAACUUACUAUAUACUACUACUACUCCCACUAAAUUACUAAGUUAACCAAGAGUCUAGCAAAGAAAAAAAAGCGUGUUAGGAAAUCGAUGUAGCAAAUUUAUCUGAAUGUGUGUGUCCUGUUUGAUGUAUAACGCGUUCAAAAAAACAGAUUGUCUGUUUGUGUUUUUUUUCGUUUUUUUUAUUUGAUUUGUCACCAUUUAGCUGUAUAAGAGUGAGGUUUGAACCAAAGCGGGGGUUGGAAUUAUAUCCUGGAUUGGUGUAUACACAGCACUACACUGCCAUUUAAUCUUUAAAAGGAAAAAAAGAUAACGGAAAUGUGUGUCUUGAGUGAAUGAAUGAAUGAAUUUGGACGACCGACAGCCGAAUCUAUCACCUUUUUGGACUCUCGUCUCCUGUCACCGUUCUCAACUCAUUGCGCAUAUUUGCUGAUUUUUUUUUUGACUUUUUGAUUUCUUUUUCACAUGUGGCUGUUUGUAAAAUGUUUGAUGAUUGAUUUUUCCUAGACAUAUGUUGUUUAUCUGUUUCCUCCCUUUUUAUUUUGGCAAUCCUCUCCUUUGAACGAUGAUCUGGCCCAUCUUGUGAGCGAAUGUCGGUUACGUGAUUCAUCUCUCUGUCAAAAUUUUCAAUUCGUUUCCUGUAUUGUUCUAAUCCAUAAUUUGAUUUGAUUUUGUUCUUUUUUUUCUCUCUGAAAUUGGCAUCGCGGCUCGAUAUAAUAUCCAGCCGCUAAAAUCUCUAAUAGGCAAUUUGACAAGCGUUUUUCUUUCUUCUUUUUUAUUAUUCGAUUCAAAUUUAAAAUAGGUUAGGUGUGUAUGUGUGCAAGAUGCACCAUAUAACGCUUUCACACUAAAUCCUAUUUAAUUUCUCUUGCAGUGUUUUUCACAAACCGGCUCUUGGCAACUAUAUCCUUCCACCUUGCAUUAAACCCCAAUUUUUUGUUCAUUUGAGCAGUCUUUCAAACUUAUCACAUCUAGACAUUUCAACGAUUGUCUUCUUCUUAAAUUUUUUUUUUCAGUUUUCAGCAUAAUUUUCCCCCCUCUUUUCAUUUUUGUUUUGUGCUUGUGUUUCAGUUUUUCCCACAUUAGAAAAUGUCUUUUUGCAUUUAUGUUUAUCUUUUCGAGCUCUUGCACUGUAUGAUUGUCUUUUUGUGUGAUGGAAGAAGGUUAAAAAAAAACAAAAAAAAAGACAAAAACAAAAACAAAAACAAAAAACAACACACAUUAUGUCGAAAAAUACCAACUCCUCGCGCUGAUCAUGAUCAUGUUUCCUCUUCUUCGCCGUUGGGAGGGGAAAGGAAGAUGAAGAAGAAAAAAAGAACGUUAAUCCAAAUUUUGUGUUUCGUGUAAAAGAUAUGACAUGUGACUGAAACAUGUUGGGACAAAACAACAGCUGCAUUCGUUCUUUUUUAAUGAUUUCCAAUCAUUAGCACUGGAAAAAUGUCCAGUGCAGGUCAAUGCUUGAUAACAACAUGACCAAAGGGCAGUCCAAAAAAAAGAAAAUCACGUUUUGUUUUUUACGUUACCUUUGAUAAUAAUUUUUACAUUUUUCGGAUUGCAUAAAAGGAUAUUUUUUUCCGGAAUUUCUGCUGGUCUUCUAAGUAAUAGAUUUUAAAUCUAUCGUUAGUGGAAUUUAGACUAAACGUUUUUCUCCGCUCUGGAUUCUUCUUCCGCUGUACAAUCGACAACACUCGAGGCCAAUAACCCCGGAGGAGAACUGAGUUUCCCCAAUUAUGUCUGAAUAUCAACCGGAGCAUAUCAAAUUUACGUCACAAGUUUUGGCUUCAAAUUAUACCACCACCAGGAUGGUUUCCACGGUAUUUUUCGAAACCAGUUACAGUUAUCCAACUAAAAUCAAUAUUUUCUGUAAGACAAUAUUUUGAAGAAGAAAAAAAUAGGCAAAACUAUUUUUUAACCAAAUUUUUAUUUUACCAGGAUUAAAUAAAACCAGCUUAGUUUACCAGGGGUCAUACAUGUCAUGUCAUACAUGUCAUACAUUCAUCUUUAAACGUCCAGCGUGAUGCACUUUUGCAGAGAAGAAUUGGGGUUGCAAGCUCGGUUGGGGAUCAGUCCGCAAAUGAAUCCAGCCUGGAUGUCAGUGACACGGGAGACCAAGGAGGAUCCAGAGCCGAAAGAGCUGAUGAUUCGGCACAGGUUAGUGCUGUAGUGAUGGGCAAAGUGAGUGCAUCUGCGGUCUCCGUAGCAGAAAUGACUUCCGCAUUUGACUGGAUCGGUUACAUUCUGGACAAUGUACAAGGGUGUCUCGGCACUGAAGUCGCAGUUGGUUCCGUAAGAAACAAAGUCAGAGUUGGGGUACAUGUUUUCAGGGAAGGUUUUGCGGAACAUCAAAGUUUCUUCGCGUCUCAAAGGGACACCCGCGCCGCCAGAGAGUUGUCGGUACCUUUUGCCGGAAGGGCUUCCGUCCAUGGUAAAAAUGGGGACUCCACUCUAAAUGGUUACAAUUAAGGCUAUGUAUAAAAUCUAAAAAUCUAAUUCAAAAACCUUACAGAUUCAAGAGCGUCGUCAUCAAUCGAGCGGAAGGAUGCUCUGGAAGCAGCAGAGUUGGUCUUGGACGAACGGGGAACGGGUUGAGGGACCUGGGUGU